GAUAUCCACAAGACUUUUUCUGAACUUUUGAACUAGUGGUUAUUAAUCGCAUUCGUAAUUGAAUUCACUCAUGCACUUUCACUUUACCAACAAUGCAUACAUAUUAGAAGGAGAUGAGUGUGGUGCAAAUUCAUGUAACCUGUAUUGUUAAAACUAGUCGGAGUGGACUGGAGUGGACAGCGUGGAACUAACAUCACGAAUACAUAAAAAAAAGUUAGCUUAUGAUAAUGAGUUAACCGAUGAAUAAUAAUUAAUAAGUAAAAAUACGAAAGUCAUCAUUAAUUGACUUCAGUCGUGUACAGGACGUUGUGAUUUGGAAGACGAGGAACGAAAUAGAAUGGCUGGAACAACUAAAGGCACAAAAAAGAAGGAUACUGGAAUAUUAGCUAAAUUUUAUUUAUGUACUUAUAAUUUGAUAGAGGCCAUCGGAUGGAGUUAUGUGUUGUACUCAGUAACAAAUUAUUACACUUUAUCAUCAAGUAAGGCAAGCUUAUGGGAUACUGUGAAAUACAGUCUCAUUAUCUUUCAAAAUGCAGCUGUAUUAGAGAUAAUACACGCAGCUACAGGAUUGGUACCAUCAAAUCCUGUAAUUACAAUGAUUCAAGUAUUCAGUCGAGUGAUGGUUGUGUGUGGGACCUUAUUAGCUGUACCAGUUAACUAUACUGCCUCAUGUUUUGGUUUUACAUUAAUUCUCUAUGCUUGGUCCAUCACUGAAAUCAUUCGAUAUUUGUAUUACUUCACAAAUAUUAUUGGCUUUGUACCACACAUACUUGUAUGGCUCAGAUAUACAACGUUCAUUGCACUGUAUCCAAUUGGUGUUACUGGUGAGCUACUUUGUUUUUAUUCUGCUCAAAAGUAUGCAAGUACACAUCCUGAUGCAUGGAGUUAUAAUAUGCCUAAUGCCUGGAACUUCACAUUCAGCUAUCACUACAUUUUGAUAGCAGUCAUGCUGCUGUAUAUUCCACUUUUUCCACAAAUGUAUCUUCAUAUGUUCGUGCAAAGGCGUAAAAUUUUAGGAUCCUCUUCCACUGUACUAUCUAAGAAAACCCUCUAAAUUAAUUCUUUAUGUUUUGGGUUAUUUGUUAUAAUUAUUUAAUAUCAAUGAAUCUACGAUGAUUUUGUUGCGGGCAUGCUCAAGUUAAUCAUAAUAAUAAUAUAAAUAUAUAUUUUCGGGUGUAUAAAAAUAUAUAAAAGUAUGAAUAACCGUU